AUGAACAUGCUUCACACAUCCACCUUCUUCAUGAUCCUCUUGCUCAGUUGCCACUUCCUCGCUGGGCAGGCACAGAACGACACAACCAACACUGAAGAUGAAGAAUUCGCCCAGCUGUGUGCCAGGAUCAAGAAGCGUAGCGAUGACCUCGACGCCCUGCUCUACCUCCAGGGCGGGCUGGGUGGACCGCUCGACCCUUACCGCGUCGACUGGGCCGCAGUGCAGAGCUUCCUCGCGCCUGGCUUUCAAUGGAACGACAACAGCUUGUGGCCCUCACGAGGCAACUACACGGACUACCACGAGUACUGGACCAGACGCAUCAUGAACGAGUUGCUCUGGCCAUUGCGCGACGUGGCCGUCGAGGCCUGGAACUCGUGCGACCCGGUCAAUCGGAGGGAGGUGGCCCAGUGGGAGGAGACCUUCACUUCGGCCUCCAACCAUAGCCAGACCAUCAACAUGCGGUCCAUCUACCUCAUCGAGUUCGACGCCGACCUGAACGCCAUUCGCCAGGCCUUGUGGACGUCGGGCAACCUUCAGGACUUCCUCCAACAUCAAACACAAACCACUGCUUGA